GGCCUUGACUGAGCCGCUUGGUCCCGCAGGCCGAGAUGUACGACUCCAGCUUUUUCUACGAAAACCUGAAGGUUCCCACCGUCGCUAUGGAUAAAGAUCUACAGUUUCACAUUGUUAAGCAAGCUAGAGCUCAAAGUGCAAAAGAAGGUACAGGCUACAGUGAAGGAUCUUACUCAUUACUGCCUGUAGAAGUUCCUCAGAAUCACAAGCGUUUCACCUGUGACCUAACUCAAGCUGAUCGCCUUGCUCUUUAUGAUUAUGUUGUUGAGGAAACAAAGAAACAGAGGUCUAGAUCCCAAAUAACGGAAAAUGACAGUGAUCUCUUUGUGGAUUUAGCAGCAAAAAUCACCCAAGAUGAUAGCCAGAAAGGUCCAAAGUCCCAUCUUGAAAUUCUGGCUGAAAUGCGAGACUACAAAAGGCGGCGGCAGUCAUACAGGGCUAAGAAUGUUCAUAUAACAAAGAAGUCCUACACUGAGGUGAUUCGGGAUGUGAUUGGUGUGCAUAUGGAAGAACUCAGCAAUCACUGGCAGGAGGAGAAUCAGUUGGAUAAUGCAGAGAUAAGUGAAGGAGGGAAGUCAAAACCCUCAGGAAGAAAGGAAGACAGGCGGUCAGCUUCAGUGGACUCACGGCAGUCUGGAGGAAGCUGUAAGGACACUGAACGCACCAGACAUAGGAGAGAGACCAGUAGGAGUCCAAAUAAACGAAAAAGGAGUCACGAAAGAGGCAAAGACAGAGAUUCUCGAAGAAAAAGAGAAAGGGAUGAAGACAAGUAUCACAGCCAUAAAAGAAGGAAGUAGAAACAAGAACCUGAUCAUUUUGUUUUUCAGCUGUUGAAAGAAUUACUCACACAGGAACUAUCAUAACUGCUGUUGUGCCAGGGACAGUAACACCAUGGACCUAAUAUUGGUGCUGUAUCACAGCUGUGGUUGGAGACAAAAAUGCUUUUAUCCUGACAAACCUUAAUGCUAGUCAGAAAAUGUGUGCAUCUGUAACACUAAUGCAUCUAUUAAUAAAUUAUAUUGAUCUCUCAUCUA